GCGUCUGCGCCUCUCAGCCGCACCUGGGCCGCCGCAGGCUACUUAAGUAGUGUGAGCGCGGGCCGAGCUCCCCACCUGCGAGCCGCUCCCCCGCCCACGGUGGCCACGAAGCUCCGCCACCCUGACUUCUGGGCCAGCCUCCAUGGCCAGGUCCCCGGGCUCCUGGACUGGGACAUGGGCAACGAGUGCUUUCUCUCCUUCACCACGUCGCACCUCCCCAUGACAGAGCAGAUCCUUGCCAAAUAUAAACUCCGAAUGGUUCAUCCGCCUGUAUUGCCUCUGGAAAAGAAACCCAACCCUGAUGGAGAUGGUCUGGAUAUUGAACCCAACCUGUGGAUGUGGGUAAAUCCCAACAUCGUGUACCCUUUGGGCAAGCUGGAGGUCAGAGAUCCUUUGAAGAAGGAGGAUGUGACAAGCAAGCCCCCCUGCCCUCAGCCAUCCCUGGAAAAGCAAGAUGACAGAGGCUCAGAGGGUACAGGGGUGGACUUGAUGCUGCCCUCCUACAAUGAACAGUUGCCCCCUCAGAAGCGGAAGCGGUUCGCCUCUUCCCCUGGUGACAGGGAGCUCACAGAAGAGGAGGCUGAGGACCAGGAUGACAGCUCCUCUGUGGCUCUCCUGUCCCCUCUCACAAGGGCCUCCCUCCAGACUCGGAGGCUGCAGCAAACCGUCAGCCUGGAGGGGAGGCUAUGGUCCAGGCCCCCUCUCAAUUACUUCCACCUUAUUGCCCUGGCACUAAGCAACAGUCCCCCCUGUGGCCUCAACGUGCAACAGAUCUACAGUUUCACUCGACUGCACUUCCCUUUCUUCCGGACGGCUCCAGAAGGCUGGAAGAAUACAAUCCGUCACAAUCUCUGUUUCCGAGACAGCUUUCAGAAAGUGCCGGUCAGUAUGCAGGGGGAGGCCAACCCCCGGCCUCGAUCCUGCCUCUGGAAGUUGACUGAGGAGGGACGCCGCCGCUUUGCGGAGGAGGCCCGAGCCUUGGCUUCCACUCGGCUGGAAAGUAUCCAGCAGUGCAUGAGCCAGCCAGAUGUAAUGCCCUUCCUCUUUGACCUGUAACUAUUAGCAGCAAGAGUCAUCAGCCAUGCCUUAUUAAAGUUCCUGACAGCAGCCUCCGCAUGUGUGUGUGUGCGCCUGUGUUUGCAUGUGUGUUUUCGUGGGGUAGCUCUUGGGACAGGCUCAGGGCAGGAGUAUAGUUCAGCUCCAAAGGUGAAAAUGAGGGCCCUCCGACCUGUGGGUGGCUCCCCAGGCAAAAGGGCAGUUGCUGGUGUUCGGGGUGGGGAGGGCUGUCCUAUGCCUUUCAUUCCUCUUCAGGAUCCUGGAGUGACUUCCAUGUUCCUGGGUUAUGAAGAUUAGCACCACCAUUCAUGUUCAGCAUCCAUUGAGGGGCUGCUGUGGACCCAGCUAGGCUCAGAAGACAGGACCUGUGAGGACCUGUGGUCAAGGCAGAAGCCCUGUAGAAGGCCUUCAUUUCAGGGAGCUGCAGCCUUUAUUAUUUGUGUGGUGCUAGGGAUUGAGCCUCAGGCAUGCUAAGUGUACUCCACCACUGAGCUGCAUCUCCAGCCCUGCUUGAUCUUUGUAUGUGUGUUGUUUGUUGGUUGGUUUUUACAGUAGGG